AUGGCGCCUUUUGUUGAAGAACACAACAGAGAUCAAGAAUCGCAAAAUGUUGAAGACGAUUCGAGUUUAGAUGAUCAGAAGCAGAAAUCUAGAAGCCAGUUUAAGAAAAGAGUGAUUUUUGGUUUAGGAAUUGGAUUGUCUGUUGGAGGUAUUGUAUUAGCUGGAGGAUGGGUAUUCACGGUAGCAGUAGCAGCUGCGGUUCUUCUAAGUGCCCGGGAAUAUUUCGAGCUGGUGAGAAGUAAAGGAAUUGCUCAAGGAAUGACUCCUCCUCCACGAUAUCUUUCUAGAGUCUGCUCGGUUAUAUGUGCUCUUAUGCCCAUACUUACAUUGUAUUUUGGUCAUAUAGAUAUCUCAGUGACAUCAGCGGCGUUUGUUGUUGCAAUGGCACUGUUGUUACAAAGAGGAAACCCGCGUUUUUCUCAGCUGAGUAGUACAAUGUUUGGCCUGUUUUACUGUGGAUAUCUUCCUUGUUUCUGGAUAAAGCUACGGUGUGGUCUUACUGCUCCAGUUCUAAACACCGGAAUUGGAAGAAGCUGGCCUACUAUCCUCGGUGGCCAAGCACAUUGGACAGUUGGACUUGUUGCUAUAUUGAUUUCUUUCUGCGGUAUAAUUGCCUCAGACACGUUUGCUUUUCUUGGUGGCAAGGCAUUUGGUAAAACUCCUCUUAUUAGCAUUAGUCCAAAGAAGACAUGGGAAGGAGCUCUUGCAGGACUUGUUGGUUGUAUUUCCAUUACCAUUUUACUCUCCAAAUCGUUGUCCUGGCCUCAUUCUCUUGUCAGCACUAUAGCUUUUGGAGUUCUUAACUUCUUCGGAUCUGUCUUUGGUGACUUAACGGAGUCAAUGAUCAAACGUGAUGCGGGUGUCAAAGACUUUGGCUCACUCAUCCCUGGACAUGGUGGUAUAUUGGACAGAGUUGAUAGUUACAUUUUCACUGGUGCAUUAGCCUACUCGUUCGUAAGACUUCAUGGAGUUUGAUUCUAUGGCUGUAUCCCCAAGAAACUCACCCUAGCUUCAAGUAAAAACUUACAAAGCCGGUGCGAUUUCCCCCCUCACGAGAGUGAAAUUCAAAGAAAUAUAUAGCAAUGAUGGUGAAAUGGCUGCAGAAUAUUCUGAGAUUGGCCUGUUGUUUGAGUGAACCGGUAUGCAAUUUUUGGUUUAAUGCGAGUAAACUGGUUCAUUAGGCGAAUUCUCAGACCAUUGGUCUGUGUUGUCUGACCGGUAAUGCGAUGGCGGCAUUUGGAAAUUGAUUUAGUGAUUCAUUCUUGAUUACUUUCCAAAAUAUU